GUUUUGUCAAAACGCGUUACUAUGUCAGUCGAUGGAAAACGCGCAUUCGGAACGUUUGAUAAAGGUGCGGUUACCAAAACGUUGCCACUACCUACGCUUUGUUUUAUCGUGGCCCCACACAUUCUAGAUUCGAACGCAUGUUUUAUUGAUUUUACGUGCGAGAAUCUUCCACUUGCUGACGGGAUCGUUAAACAAUGGAGUGAUUUGGUCCAGUGUUAUUAUUAAGAAAGGUAAAGAUCGAACACAAGUGUCAUUGAACAAGAUCAGUCAUCCGUUUCGUGCAUGUGUAUUGAACAUACUUAACGUGAUAGUGGCAUCUCUGUGAUACUCAAAAAGGACUUGUUGUGAUCAUAAGGGUGAAAUUUGUAGACCGUCAGUGAAGUGGAAAGACAUCGUUUUGGUUUCGUGGUUGGCACCUACUUUAUUCACCGGAAGAGCCAAUGUUAUUUUAAGAUCUUCUUGCCCCUUGAGGGUGGCCAGCGAUGGUGGACUACUACAGGGUAUUAGGCGUUAGUCGGACCGCGUCCGAAACAGAAAUUAAAAAAGCAUAUAGAAAAUUAGCUCUAAAAUGGCAUCCUGACAAGAAUCCUGAUAAUGCAGAUGAAGCCAACAGAAAGUUCAAAGAAAUCUCUGAAGCUUAUGAGGUCCUUUCAGAUGAAACCAAGCGGAAAGUAUAUGACGCACGGGGCUCCAGUCAUCACAGUCACAGAUAUCAAAGCAAGAAUGGAGUCAAUGGGCACCGACACUUUAGCUUCAAGGGGUUUUUUGGAGAGACGCCAUUCCACCGCUUUUUUGAGAGAAAGCGGCGGGUGUAUGACCAGUAUGGCAAGGAGGGACUAAACAGCGGCCGAGGUCGAAGGUCCGCCGCCGACGAAGACUAUGACUUCGGCUACACUAGUUUCCCGUUCACAUUCCGAGAUCCCGAAGAAGUCUUCAGAGAAUUCUUCGGCGGCUCCGCUUUCGGAGAUCUCUUUGCUAAAAUCAACGGCCACGGCCACCACAGACACGGCCACGGGCACGGGCGGCGCCAUUACGACCCGAGCACGUCGCUCGCCUCGUCGCUGUUCCCCCAUCCGUUCUACAUGGACGACAUAUUCGCGCACGCGGCGGCCGCGUCCAACGGCAACACGUUUACCUCCUUCUCGACUUUCAACAGUUCCCUGGCUGGCCCCGGCAGCGCCAAUAUGAAAAGCACCACCACCACCACGCGUAUUGUCAACGGCAAAAAGAUCACAACUAAAAAGGUCACAGAGAAUGGUCGCGAGACGGUGAUGUCUUACGAAAACGGGGUCCUCAAAUCAAAGACUGUCAAUGGCGUACCUCAAUCUUUAACAUACAGUUAAAUUUUUAAUAACAAUAACCAAAUUUGAUCCAAAUGUCAACUAUGUACUCAGCUUUACGAGUUACAAGUUUCGACUUAUAAUUUUAGGUUCGCUUAAUUUAACUUGUAUGUAGAUCCAAACACAUUGUAAAUUGAUAGUGAUGACAAUAUCUGAAAUAUACUUUAAAUUUAGUUUUCAUAGGUUAUUUGCUUCUUACCGUUAUUUUAACUUUCAUUAAUUUUGGGAGGAGUUAGUGGGUUAUUUCAAUCUCGCUUGUCUCGCCUGUGGAUUUUGUGUUCUGCCAGCCAUCGCACGCGUUAUGAUCUCCAACCUGCCCAACGCGACGCCAAUUGUGUUGGUGUUCCAGUAACAAAUGCUCCUACUCCUACAUGUUCAGUGCGAUGACGGGCACAUUAUAUUUUGCUGCCAAGUUAGAUAGUUAAUAUAGUCAUAUAAUCACAUUUACUUUUAGUCAUGAGUUUAUAAUUGGAACAAUUACAGCAUACGAUCUAAUGAUCUAAUUAUUUUUCUAAUACCUAUAAGGUUAUUCCUAUGCUACUAAAACAUCAAACUUUUAAGGGUAGACAAUUUUAAUGACGGCAUUUUAAUUUUCUAAUUCUAGUAUGAAUGCUAAGACUUCGGCAUUGAUUCGUUAUGAGUAAUAUGAGCUUUAAUGUUCGACAGAUAAUAAGGUAACUAUUUUUGUAAGGUUGACGACAUAUGCAACCAAUCGAUCUUUUUAGGCAUUAUUUUUUAUUUUAGUUUGUGGUAAAUUAAAUAUUUUGUUAACAAACUUUGCAGAUUUAGCUUCCGCGAUGCCAAUGUAUGUUUUUUUUGCUGUAUUAUUACUUUUAAGACGGAAAUGAUGAUCAUUUAUUGAAAGUAUUUAUUUUUAAAUUAUGCAAAAUUCGACCUAACUAUCCAGAGUAAUGAUUUACUUUGUAUACACCUCGAAAGGGUAGAACUGAAUAAUAUUUUUCAUCUGUUAUUAUUUUUAACAAUUUUGUUUUCAGUCGAAUUUUGCAGAUUGAAUAGCAAAGUUUGAUCACGCAUUAAAUUAGUGAAAUCCGUAGUUAUUUAUAAACUUUGUGUACCUACAAUUAAUACCUGCCGCUACAAUGAUCUUGUACUUAACAAAAUGACAAUUUUGAGAACUCUUUUAGGAACGAGAGUUUAAAAGUUAAACUGAGUAACAUAAUGGCUGCUUGUCGUAGAGCAGUAGUGUCAACGCGAUUAAAUUGCGUGGAAAACUACAAUCUAGCACACUAAUGUAAAUAAUGGUUUGCCUAAAAGAUCUCGUUUCUUAUUAAAUUGUACUGCAAAAGGAAUGAUUAAAUAAAAUUUAAUUGUAA